AUGUCCUUAUCUGACUUCGAAGUUUUGAAAAAAUUAGGAGACGGCGCAUAUAGCACAGUUUACCAAGUUAAAAGAAAAACCGACAAUCAAAUUUAUGCCCUCAAAAAAGUCAGAAUGGCAUCCUUAAAACCCAAAGAAAAAAGAAACGCUCUUAACGAAGUCCGGAUUAUGGCAAGCAUCAAGCAUCCCAACGUGAUUUCUUACAAAGAAGCUUUUUUCGACGACGAAAGCGGAAGCUUAUGUUUAAUUAUGGAAUAUGCAGACUCAGGAGAUUUAUAUCAAAAAAUUUUAGCAUAUCAGAAGAAAGGCUGCUACCUCAGUGAAAAUUACAUUUGAAAUAUUUUUAUUCAACUUCUAAGAGGCUUAAAAGCUUUGCAUGAUUUAAGCAUCUUGCAUAGAGACUUGAAAUCAGCCAAUGUAUUUUUAAAUAAAGACGGGACUGUAAAGCUAGGGGAUAUGAAUGUGUCAAAAGUUGCAAAGGACGGACUUUUGUAUACACAGACAGGGACUCCUUAUUAUGCAAGUCCUGAAGUGUGAAGAGACCAGCCAUAUGAUGCAAAAAGUGAUAUGUGGUCUUUAGGAUGUGUACUAUAUGAAGCGAUAACUCUGAAGCCUCCUUUUAGAGCUGAAGAUAUGAAUGGAUUGUUUCAGAAAGUCGUUAAAGGGGAAUAUCCACCUAUUCCGAGAACAUUUUCAAAAGAUUUAGCAAACACUUUAAGCCAGCUUUUACAAAUUGAAGCGUCUAGAAGGCCAAGCUGUGAAGUUAUGCUCAGAAGCUCUUUAUUACAGAGACAUAUUGCUGAAAAAUAUACAGAGACAGACUCUCUGCAUGAAAACUCUUUACUUGGCUCUAUAAAACUUCCGAAAAAUAUAAAAUUAAUCACAGAUUUUCUGCCAAAGCCAAACUACAGAGAUUUGCGCGCAAACUUUUCUGAGCCAAUCCCUAGCAGUGAAAAAACACCAUCUAAAUCUCCAUCAAAAUCAAAAUUCUCCACAAAUCGAUCAUAUCUUACCCACGAUUCAGAAGAAAAAAAAGCCUCAUCUCUUUCCCCUACCGAAAAAAACCAUAAUAUUUUCAGCCCAAAGCGCUAUCGAGAAAUUUUAAAAGAAAGCUAUGGCGCCUUAAAAUUACCCAAAAUUCGGUACCCAGGCAAAGGCAUAAUUCAUCAUAUCAAAAUAAAGCGAAACCCUGACGACAUUUUCAGCACCCGAAGCUUGCCACUCCAAAGAGGUGCAAACGAAAGGCUUGAACGAAUUAAAGAGGUUUAUUUAAAAAAGGCUGUCCCAAGACUCGGACUUUCGCCUGACCCCCGAACUCCUAUAAAAGUAAGCUACAAGCCAACAUCUUGGACAUAA